GAUAAAGCAAGAUGGCGUCUGACGGAGAAGUCCUAAACGCGGGCAUUAUAUUUCUGUAUUCUUACAUAUAUGUUGUUUAAUAGAGUACACACGGUUAAUAAUUGUUUGUAGCCGGAUACAUUAGUCUGAGCGCACUUUGACACUUCUCCUGUUUGCUAGCUUCACUUAAGGUAGCUGCAGCUAGUUUAGCUGGCUAGUUAGCUUAGCUUGUUAGCUGCUAACAAAGAGACGCGGAAGUUAUUUAAACAUCGCUAAGUAGGGAACUAAUGUGAGUGUAAAGUGUUGUGAUUGUGUGAAAAUUUGCGAAAGAACGAUGGCAAAGUAUGAGGAGGAACUUUGUCCAAGAAAAGAGGAGAAGGAGCGACAACAUCAACUACUGGAUGUUUAUUAUAAGAAACAUCAUCAAGUUGUGUUACACAGAACAGACGUCUGUGAAGAACAACUUCUGCCUGAAAAACAGGAGUGUAGCUUCAGGAUGGUGAAGGAGGUGCCAUCAAAGAGGAAGACCAGGCGCCACGGACCCUCUGGCGUCUCCCUUUCCUCUUUGACACAGACCCUUCCCUUUAAAAAGGAAGAUGAAGACUCACUGACCCCCCACAUUAAAGAGGAAGAGGAAGAACACAGCAUCAGUCAGGAGGGAGAUCAUCUUGAAGGACUGGUGGAGUUCCCAGUGACUGGUGUCCCUGUGAAGAGUGAAGAUGAUGAGGUCAAAGGUGAAAGUGAGGAGAAGAGAGAGGUGGAGCCUCCAAGCAGCAGCUCAACACAACACAUGACAACAGAAGCUGAUGGAGACCACUGUGGAGGAUCACAAGCAGACAAGCUCUUAGCUCCACUAUCAGAUAGUGAGGACACAACGUCACACUCUCCUGACACUGAUGAUGAAGACUCUAAAGAUGAUAAGACAUGUCACACUGACAACACUCACUUCACAUGUUCUCACUGUGACAAAACUUUUAAAUAUCAUAGUCGUCUGAAAGUACACAUGAGAAUGCACACUGGAGAAAAACCUUUUCCCUGCUCAGAAUGUGGGAAAUGUUUUUCACGAAGAAAUGGACUGAGUGAACACAUGCAAACACACACUAAAGAAAAACCUUUUUCUUGUUCAGUGUGCGGAAAAAGCUUUACACAAAGACAGUGUUUAAAAAAGCACACAAGAUUACACACCGAGGAGAAAUCUUUUACCUGUGCAUUCUGUGGUAAAGGUUUUGUAUUACGUGAAUAUUUGAAAGUACACAUGAGAACACACACCGGGGACAAACCAUAUUACUGUUCAUUUUGCGAUAAAGGUUUUGCGCAAAGUCAAACUUUUAAAGUACACAUGAGAAAACACACUGGUGAAAAACCCUAUCCCUGUUCAAGCUGCAACAAAAGCUUUGUUGACAGGGCAAAACUUAUAAUACACACAAGAACACACACUGGAGAAAAACCUUUUCCCUGCUCAGUCUGCCACAGAAGCUUUUGUGAACAAUCAAAGCUUGUAAGACACAUGAGAAGACACACAGGAGAGAAAGUGUUGAGUUGCAGUGUGUGUGGUGAAAGAUUCUCUUAUAAGUACCAGUGUAAGAAACACAUAUGUGCUGGUGAUUCUAAAUAAGCUGUCAAGACUUUAACUUUUUACUUUGUAACAACAAGAGCACAUAAAACAUGUGUGACAUUGUUGUUUUGUGUUGUUAAUGUAGUUCUACCAUUUAGAGAUUACAUAUGUUAGAUUGGUGAUUUUUUUCCCCCCCAGUCAAGUACAUGCUUUAAUAUACCACGUUGUGUACUUUAAUUUAAAAAUGGACAAAACAAUUUGACUUUAAAGGUGAGAGUAAACAGCACAAAAACUAUGUUCCAUGAAAUCAACAUUUUACGUGCAUAUGGAUAUUCAUCAUUCACUUACAUCCGUGUACCGUAGGUUUUUGAAAUAAUGAAGUGUUACAUAUUUUGAUUUCUAAUAAAUGAUUCCAUAGAUCAA